CAAGAAACCAACUUCAUUCUCUGUCAUUCUCAUCCCUACCCUAUAAUACCAUGUCCGUGGCUAGCCUUUUUGGUCUUUCGGCACCCAUUGACGUCGAGAUUCGUUUCGAAGGUCAGGAGAACCGAAAACAGAUUGAGGCCAAAGUUGAUAAAGACAGAAGAGAAAAGUUUCCUUUAUAUUUUGAUGGAGAAACUGUUGCGGGAAAGAUCAAUAUCCGAGUCAAGGAUGGCAAGAAGGUUGAUCAUAAUGGCAUCAAAGUUGAAUUCGUUGGAAGUAUAGAGCUUUUCUAUGAUCGUGGAAAUCAUUAUGAGUUCAGGACGAUUCAACAGGAAUUAGCCAUGCCUGGAGAGCUCCGCAAUAACACUCAGUUUCCCUUUGAGUUUAAGAAUGUGGAAAAGCAAUAUGAAAGUUACCAUGGCAUUAAUGUUAAACUGAGGUACUUCGUCAGGGUGACAAUUCAGCGUAGACUGGCAGAUGUGGUCAAGGAGCAGGAUAUUUGGGUGCACUCGUAUGUGAUGCCCGCGGAUGGUAAUAACUCAAUCAAGAUGGAGGUUGGUAUUGAAGAUUGUCUACACAUCGAGUUUGAGUAUAAUAAGUCAAGAUAUCACUUGAAGGAUGUGAUUGUUGGCAAGAUCUACUUCUUACUUGUACGCAUUAAGAUCAAGCACAUGGAACUUUCGAUUAUCCGAAGGGAAACAACAGGCGCACCUCCCAAUCAGUAUAAUGAAAGUGAGACAAUUACAAAGUUUGAGAUCAUGGAUGGUGCUCCUGUCCGUGGUGAGACUAUCCCUAUUCGUCUCUUCCUCGGAGGCUUUGAACUCACUCCAACCUUCCGCGAUGUUAACAUGAAGUUCUCUGCACGAUAUUAUCUCAAUUUGGUGCUUAUCGACGAGGAGAAUCGACGUUACUUCAAACAACAAGAAAUUACAAUCUUCCGCAGACAAGGUAAGUUUUUUAUACACCCCUGAACGGGGGAAAGUGAAAAGCUUGCUGGUAUCGUUUAAAAGUUGUAUACAAAACUUAUAGAUCCUUUGUCAGAUUGUUGAGGCCGUUAUUCACCAACUUAUGCAAUUUCUAUCUUGUCGCUUGAUAUUCAUAGUUGAUGACGAGAAUGUUGAUGAACCUAGACAGAUCCAAGAAUAGAAAAAAGGAAUGGCAGAUGAAGAGGGA